GUCCUCCCCAACCCGGGGCUGCGGGAGCUGCUGCGCCUCGUCGAGCUCCGCGACAGCUUCGUGGAGGCCCAGAUUCGACGGCACGAGGUAUCUGGGAGGGAAUGACACAUGUCCCCGCAGGAGUGCCCAUCCCCCCCUGGGGACACGGUUCUGGCGGCACUGCAGGGAAGGGACCCAGGCGUCCAGGGGGGUCCCCUGAGCCCCCCCCGCCUCCACAUGGCCCUGGUCGAUCUCUUCAUUGAUCUCUUCAUCGGGGAUCCCUUGGCCUGGGCCAUCGCCUUCCUGCUGCACCGCCCCGAGCUGCAGGAGCGGCUGCAGGCGGAGCUCUGGCGGGAGCUGGGUCCCACCGGGACCCCCCAGGCGGGUGACACUGGACGCCUGCCCCUUCUCCACGCCACCAUCACCGAGACCCUGCGCCUCCGGCCCCCUGCCCCGCUGGCCCUGCCCCACUGCGCCCGCCGCCACACCAGUGUCGGGGGCAUCCCAGUGCCGGCCGGCUCCAUCCUGAUCCCCAACCUCCUGGCUGCCCAGCAGGACCCCGACACCUGGCACCACCCCGAGGCUUUCCUGCCCG